AAUGAAAGUGCGUAAAUAAGCACCUUAAUUUACAGCAUCAGCCUACUUUAAUAAAUAGUUUAAGAGAGUAUCAAAAUAAAUAAAAUUAGAUAUCUUUAAGUAAUUAUAAAGAUAGAUAUGUUGUUCUUUUCUUCUAUCCAUUAGAUUUUACAUUUGUAUGUCCAACAGAAAUAAUUCAAUUUUCUGACCGUGUUGAAGUAUAAAGAAUUGAUUAUGACAGGAAUUCAAAUCCAUAGGAUGUGAUAUCUUAGGUGUAUCUGUAGAUUCUUAAUUUUCUCAUAUGAAAUAUUGUAAAUAGACUCGAAGCAAUGGAGGAUUAGGUGAAAUGCAAUUUCCAUUAAUUUCUGAUUUGAGUUAGGUAUAUAAUAUUAAUCUAUAGAUUAGGAAAUUUCUAAAAAAUAUGGCGUAAUAAUAGAUGAUUCUGAAGAUCCAGAUUUUGGUGUAGCUUUUAGAGGGACAUUCAUAAUAGAUGGAAAAGGAAUUCUACGACAUUAUUCAAUAAAUGAUUUACCUGUUGGUAGAAAUGUAGAUGAAAUCUUAAGGUAUAAAUAAUGAUUAUUAUUUUAGAUUAGUUUAAGCAUUUAAAUUUACAGAUGAACAUGGAGAAGUCUGUCCUGCAUAAUGGAAACCAGGAUAACCAACUAUGGUUACAAAUCAUGCUGAUCCUAAAACAUAAAAAUAUUGGAAUGAAGAACAUAUAAAAUAAACUAAAUGA